AAGGUUACGUCCAAUGACGGUUUACGGUUGACGUUGGAUGUUUUGCAUUAAUUCGAAAAUUUUCGCUCGCGACAAUCGUAAAUGUGAUGCUUUUAUAUAAAACAAUAUGAAACACGCCAUUAUUUUCAAGCAUUCAUUGCCAAGUGCCUACUAAUGUUUCACAUUUUGCUCAAUCAACAACUAGUCCACAAUGCCCAACAAUCAUGUGAAUCGAGUUCUGCGAGACAGCGAAGUUGUCAGUAAACGGAUGCUGGAAUCCAAGAAGGAAAUAGAAAUCUUGAAAGCUGAAUAUGAAAGACUUCUUGAGCAGAGGUUGCAGGCUGGAACAUCAAAUAUAACUGACACUGACAAACAGAAGGAAAUAUUGAGCAAAAGGGAGGAAAAGGAGGUUCAGGGGGUUGUUCCAGUUAGCAGUGCAAAUAGUAUUAAUACUCAUAGACUUAGUAUCAAGAGGAAACCAUCUGAAAGGCUAGACAGUUCUAGAACAGUUUUAGAACAAGGAUCACCACCAAAAGUAAGACAUUAUAAUCCUGAGGAUGCUAGGGAGUAUAUUAGGAAGCAGAGGGAGAGGAGGCUGCAGCAGCAGAAGCAGAUAAAGGAGACUGACAAUGCUUUACAGCUCAAGAAACAAAAGUUGAAGGAAUUACAUCAGAAAUCACUACAAAUUGUUGCUAGAAAUAGACAAAGAUCAAAAUCAAGAGAGAAUCAUAAAAUUGUUGAAGAAACAGCACCGCCUGCACCAACUGUACCACCACCACUACAAGUUGAACCAAAACCACCUCUCAUUGAUAUAAAACCUUUGGUUAAAGUCGCAACAAUACCGCUCAAACCACAACUUGUACAAUCGACUUCAAACAUAACUUAUCGAAGUGAUAAAACCACGUCAAAUGAAGAAGUAAAGUACGUUAAAUCAUCUGCAAAGUCGGAUGAUGCUAAAAUCAAAGCAGCGACAUUAAUUCAGGCCUAUUUUCGUGGACACAUUCAACGCAAACUUUACAAAGACGCUCAAAAACAACAAAAUGUAAUCACAUUUGACUCUAGACCAUUAGAAACAAAAGAAGACAAAGUCAGUGAAGAAAAAAUUCCGGAAACAAUUCAAGAACCGAAGAAUAAGUUUCCUGGUUGGCUGCAACCUGAACCUACAUAUAAUCCUUAUAAUUUUAUCAAUUCAGUAAAAAGAAAAUUAAACGUGGCAUUAAGCACGCCUGUGAAAACAUCAGAUGUGGGUAUACAAAGUUCUUUAUCAGAAAAUCUUCCAGUUGUAACUAAAACCCCUCAAAGUUACAAGGAAAUGAGAGAAAAGAUCGAAUUAAGUUUAAGCAGUAAAAAAUCCGAACAAGAAAUCAACGCUAAAAUUGAACGCAGCCUUGAAACCAUCAGAAAUAUUCAACGAAGGGAAAAAGAAAAGGAAGCAUCUACAAAACAUUCCAUUAAAGGUACAAACACUGACUUUAUUGAUUUGGAUGUCAAAAGAUUGGAAAAGUUGAAACUGCAGAGUGAUCACAGUGAUUCAGACACAUCCAAAAAUAUACCUGAUAUAUCAUUCGAGAGCAAAUGUAAAUCAGCUACAUCCACUUCAGCUGUUUCGGUGUUUAGCAUUCCAAAGGACCCACCACCGAAACCAAAACGGCUUUCAAGACAUGACGCACACGUUUCAUCAAAGAGUAGCACUUGUACAACAUCAGAAAAGUUUGCUAAACAUGCAGCGGAACAUUUGGAUGAAUACAAACUUAACAUUGAUGUAGAAAAAUUAAAACAAAUCAAGUUGCAAAGACGGUUAAAGCAUGCACCAGGUUUGGAAAACACAAUGUUACAAUAUGACUCCACUAGUAUUAAAACUGCUCAAUCAUCUGGUCAAUCAAAUCCGAAAAUUAAUAAAAACACUAAAAUUUCUUCUAAUUCUGAGCCAGAAUCAACAAAAUCAUAUUCAAUUCGUACAGAAAGUCAACAAAAUUCAUCUAAACAUAAGAAGGACUCAAAAUCUCAACAAUCUGAUGUUUUACCGGGUAGUACACGACGUGAUAGUAUAAUAUCAGGUAAUAUUUCACGUUAUACGAAAAGUUUUGACUCUUAUAAGUCAACUCCAACACAAGCCAAGCAAAUGGAUGUGUCGCACCAUGAAAUUUCUGAAAUUCCCGAAGAUUUAUCAAGUUUUCGGCAGUAUAUGAAAGAAAUGGACGACACACAGAAAAUAAUGCACACACCGUUUCAACCACGUGUACAAGCUGUAUCACGUUUGAACCCUGAAAAACGUCUGCAGGAAGUUAUAACUAAGGUGCAUCAAUUGGAUGAAGCAGAAAACGUGAUAAUUCUAAUAAAUCUACAAGUGAAACCAAAAUUAGCAGUAGUAGAUGCUCCAGAAUCAGUAAAUAUUGAAUUAGUACCACCAAAAGUUAAUUUAGUGCUGAAAUGCAACGAUGAUAACAAAAACAAUAAACUUUCGACAAAAACUUCAUCAGUUCAACUGGCAAAUGGUACAACAAAUCAAAUUCAUGUUAAAUUCGAAGCAGAAUUGCAUAUGCUGAAUGAUUUUAAUGAAUCUUUGAAGCAUAUUAUGAGUAUUGAGAAGUCAAUGUUAGACCUUCAAACAAGAUCUAAUCUUCACCCAGCAGCUAAAGAAACAAAAGACACACAAACUUCUGUGAUAACUUCAGCACCAACAUCAAAAUCAAACAUAUCAAACGCGUCGAUAAUUGAACAGUCAAUAAACUUCUCUCGACGUUCCGAUUUUGACGAAGAAAGUAUACAUAACGAUGAUAAAGUGAUUGUUUUGCAUCAAAACAAGAACCUAAUGAUGGAUUUGAAUCGCAGUAGCUCAACGAUGAAUAUUUCGGAUAUAACGCUGAACGAUACGAUAAAUUCGAUGAAUUCGUUACAAAGUACACAGCAAGCUAUCACGAGCGCACUGAAUGCCACCGAUAUGGACGCGGCGACGCCGAGGGAUAGCGCAAAUCAGCUUCAUAAACUCAGCAGCGUUGGUCUAUCAGUUGGCAUGUUUGACCAGCUCAUUAGGGACGAAGAUGCGCGUAUCGAUAAUUUAAAGGCUGUGUUGAAAAUCCGCGAGAAAACUUUGCUGGAUCGCACGAAGGGUGAAUUAACUUGGUUGGAGAUACAGAAAAAGCAUUUAUUGGAAACUGGUAAACUGCAUGAAGCGUCCCUGUUGAAAAAGAAACAACGCGGUAUAAUUCUCCGCCUGCAGGAGGAGAAGAACGAAAUGCAGAAGUUGCGAGAGGCGCAGAAAGCCGCCUCCAAGGAACGCAAGAUUAAAUUGAAGGAGCAAUGCGCCGCCAUUAAGGCGCAAUUGAGUCGCCCGAAUGUUGUGACGCGUAUCCGGCGUAGUUCUGAGCGUCGUGCUUCCGGGCCAGUGAAGGUGUACCAAAGCGAGUAUUAUCAGAGCGAAACGAGCGUUUCAGCUUCCGACAGCGUCGUUUACACUUCCCACAAGACGUCUGUUUUAAGUCACGUGGCUGAGGACAUUCCAAGUCGCACUGAAAUGGCGAAAAGGUCGCUGCAGAUGCGCGAGGCCGCGCUUCAGCGGCGUAGAAAGGAAGCCGAGGACCUGCUGCGAUGGCACCAGAAGCUGCUCAAGGAGGAGCGCAAAAUCGCCGAUCUCGAGAUGGCAGCUAGUAAUGUCAUCAAUCAGGUGCCCGCCGCGCGUGCUGCACCAAUAUGGAACAAGGAAAGUUCAGUGAAAAGUUUGGACGCGUCGAUUAGCUCAAAAUAUUCAACUGAUUUCGAUUCGGAUAAAGAAAAUGGCGCUGUUGAGGAAAGCGCAAAACAAUCAGAAUCAUUCAAUGAAAUUAGGCAGAAUAUUAAUAAUAUCACGGAUGAAAUCACCGAGUUGUACAAGUUGUCGUCGAUGCAGAAGAGCGCGCUCAAUGAUAGUGUGCAAACGGAGAGUUCCGGAAGUAAGAGUCACACUUCCAAGGCGAGUAUUAUCAGUAAACCUAAGUCAGUACCUGAGGCUAGUGUCCGAGUUGAAGCAACAAUCGACACGGAGAGCCAGCAAUCUUUUAUUCGAAUACAAUCGAAGGAAUUGUCAUUGCAUGAUGUGCAGCUGCCUGAACCGGCGGAAACAGAGGAUGAUUUUUCUUCAAUUAAGUCUGAUUUGCAGAAUGAGGUGCACUCAGUAGUGCCAAGUCAUGAUGAGGCUAGUGAUGCUAGCCAGACUUUAAAAGAACAAACUAAUUUAUCAGUUAAGUCAAAAAGUGAUACAGAAGAAUCUAAAGGGGAAGAAUCACUUCAGGAAGAAGAACAAUUUCAUACUGUAGAUACACAAAGUUUAAAGAUUUCUGUUGAGGACUUAAAUUUAGAUGAAUCUCAAUCUAUUCUUGAAGAAAACGUAGUUGAACAAUCGAAUAACAUAGAAUUACCGUCUUCAAAAGACAUUAGUGAUGAUACAGAAAAAAUAAGUGCCUCAGAAAUUUUAAUUGAUGUUAAUACUACUAUUGUUGAAGAAGAUAAAUCGAUGUUACCUUCUUCUAAACUUGAUACCACGAUUGAUGAACCUUCAGUUUUAUUCAAAAAUGAUCAAAAAUCAGAAUCAGCUUCGGUAUCAGUUGAUUUUCACAUUGAAAACAGAGAAAAAGAAGAAAUUUCUAAUAUUGAUGAAGUAGAUGAUGUAAAAGAAGACAGUAUAUCUUCACCAAUCGAAGAAAGUCAGGUUAUUAUUGAAAAAGAAGAUAUUCAAGAUGUUGAAAGUGUUAAAAGUUCAGAAUCUGAAGUGCCUGAAGAAGUUUUACCUGUUAUUGAUGUAAAAAUUGAAGAAAAGAAACAGGAUACCAGCGAUGUUGAAGUAUUAGAAUCAAUUAGUAAAGAUUCUGAAAAUACUGACUUUACAGAGGAGAUUGAAUCAGUUGAUGAGUCCUCCAAAAAAUCUACUGUUGAUGUGAAGAAACGCGUUUCUGAGAUUCUAGCAGAUGCCAAUUUGAACACAUCGAUUGAAGAGAAGAGUCCUCGGCUUCCUGAUAUCUACGUGACGACUUAUGAUGUUAUUAGUCCUGAUAAUUCACCAGAAUUAGGAUCUCCAGUUGAUAGUUCUAAAUCUAAACCGAAAGACAUCAACGCCAUCGGUAACGAAGCUCAGGAACUUCUUAGAAAACAACUUGCGAUCGAACAAGAAAUUAAACAAAUCGAACGCCAGCAAAAACAACAACUGCCUUACAUUUUCGUCCGCGAAAUACCGAACAAGCCGCCACCUCCAUACACACCACCUGUACAACAACCCACAUCGAUUGUUCCAACAACCGCCGCGGAAAUUGAAGAAUUAUCACCACAUCUCGCCGAGAUAUUCCACCGCGGUUUUGUUGAGAAAACUCUAGAAUAUGUCACAUUCCCUGAUACACAGUUAAAUCAACUCGAAAACGUCGACAAAGUUUGCGCUGAAUUCCUCUUUGACAUUUCAAAAGAAUACGCAAUCAAACAUUACAAACAAUUCUUUGAACCUGAUGAAAAAGCACCCACGUGGAUGCGUUUAAACAAACCGAAAACAUUCAAACGACCACACAACCAGCGCAGUUUAGAACUCUUACUAAAAAAGAAACUGAAACAGCUGUUUGCGUUUGAAAAGUCGGACUGUAAAGAGAGUAUGAUCAUCAAAUGGACGCAAAAGCGUGAUCACGUCGAUGAGCUGCUGGUAGUUGAGUCACAGUCUGAAGAAGCUGAAUGGACCAACUAUGAUCAAGACGAAUUGAUUGUACGUGAAGAAGUGACCACCGGCUUGCUGGAUAUGCUAAUCGACGAGACUGCCGUUUGUCUAGAGGAGAUAUUCACCAAACGGCAGAUGAGUUAAGUCAUUUGUUAACAUUUAACAUUAAUUUUUCGUACUGCUCAUUUAAAUAAUAAGACUUUAAUUUUUAAAUAAAACAA